AAAUUAAUAGGAAGCAGGAGAUUAAAACCUAAAUUAAAAUUAAAUACUAUUUUCGGAAGCAAUUUCUGUUCAAUUAAAAUAAAUCGGAGACUAGAUUCUUUAGCUGAAUACUCUAAAACCGGGUGUUCUGCUGCGAGAAUUCCGAAAUCAUCACGAACAGAAAACUAAAGAAUCUAUCGGAGAAGAUGGACAUGCAUCGACGGUCGAUUGUGCGGCAAACGCGCUCUGUUACUAAAGCCAUGGCAAAGGCUGCAAAACAUAACCUCGCCAACAGAAAACUGUCCCACGAGGGAAGUGUUCUUUAUGAUGCAUCCUUUAAAGCGACGGUGAUUGAUACUGAGCAUGGCAACGAGCAUGACUGCGCUAGUUGCGACCGUUCAAACAACGCUGAGUGGUAUAUGGUCCAGUGCAAAGACUGUGAUCGAUGGUAUCAUUUCACUUGUGCUAAGGUGGAUACUGCUACCGUUCAAACGACUACCUUCUCGUGUAUAUUGUGUGUGCCUCGGAUUGCUAUCCCAGCGCUCAGCUCUGUUAUGGGUCAGUCGAGUAGAUCUAGUGCGAGAAAGGCACGAAUCGAUCGGGAACUCGAGCGACUCGAGGAGGAAAAGAGGUUGCUAGACGAGAUGGAAAAGGAGCGUUUUGAGCAAGCACAGGCAUUGCUCGAAAGGACCACACAAGAGAAACUGGAGCGCACCAAGCAGUAUAUUGCCAAAAAGUACGAUUUACGCAGCCAGCAGGACGAAGAAGAGGUUUCCAGCGAGCGCAGCUGCCGUACUCACCAAUCGAACAAUCGAGUUGGAGAUUGGAUCGAGACACAGAUGAAAAGAACCGAAGGUACCAGUUCGGAUCCCGUCGAUAUACGUAGUGUCAAGCUCACAUCGACACCACUCGUAAAAGGUCUACAGGUGUUAUAUUACCAUUUGCUAGCCCCUUGAACUCAGGCGUCUUUAUGUUUUUCCCUCCUUUAUGUUAGUUGUAUGUAGACUAUCGUUGAGUACAGUUGGUGAA